AUGCAAAAAAAUGAUUAAAAUUAAAAUACAGGUUGUUUAUGUUUUGGGAAGAAACAAAAAGGAGAAUUCCCUAAAACUUUCAAAAAAUCUGAAAAAAUACUUAAAAAAUAUAAAGAUAAUAGUUUAGAUGUAUUAGUUUAACAUUUUCUUAGAUUUCAGAUGAUGCUAUUUUAGAAGUGAUGAUUAGAUUAUAUAUAUCAGAGAAUAAAAGCAAAGCUAUUGAUAUGCUUUAAAGAUGCCGUAUCAAUCCAAAUUAUCAAACAAAUUUAAUUAGAAAUGAUUUGGAAUAUUUUAUCCCUUAGUUAAUUAACUUCUUAGUGUUUCACUAACAACUUCAAGAUGAAAGAUUAAUCUAAUUCAUAAAUAAUGCAUCUUAAAUAGACUUUUUUUUUGCUCAUCUUGUCUACUUCUAAUUAAAGAGUUUAUCUUAAAUUGUUGCUCAUAAUAACAGAAUUGAACUUAAAAUAGUACAAAAGUUUGUAUAAGAAUUUGAAUAAAAAAUGACAUUGAAUUACUAAGGCAAUUUAUUAAUAGCAACUUAAUUUUUAAAGAUUCAUCUUGAUGAUUCUAUAACAAGUUCUACAUUAAGAAAAUCAAUAACAAGUUUAUCAAGUAAAAAAAUUAAACAGGAAGUCUAUUAAGGGUCUUUAAGAAUCAAAUCUAUUAAAUAAAAUGAAGUAGUAAGACUUUAUGGAACCAAUUAAUGGGAACAAGAGAUGUCAAAUAAAAGUCCCUCAUAAUAUUUAGUAAGAAAUCAUGAAGAUAUUGAAUUAGAAGAUUACAUAUCAAUUUUUGAAAAUAAUGAAGAUAUUAUUAAACCUAUUGAUACUGCUUUUUAAUCUAAUAUUAACUUUUGGUAUGAUGUUACAAAAAUUUGUGAUGAAUUAUCAAAAUCCAAUUCUAAAACUGAAUAUUUACAUAGUUUACUAAAUAAAAUGAAUAUUAAUUUACCAGCUGCUGUCUAUGUACCUUUUGUUAAGAAUUCAAUUAGAAACUACGCUGUCUUAAAUAUAGUAUCUAGAGAAAGUAGAGUAUUCUCUACCAAAAUGAGAAGUCCUUAUAGUUUAACACUUGAAAUCUAUAGACCUGAAAUAGAGGAAGAUUAUAAUGAAUAGUAAUUAAUUGAUAAAUAAAUGUCUUUAGCUAUAAAAACUAGUGUAUUUUUUAUUAUUUUAUAUAUUUAUAUAGAUGAUAAAAACCUAAAGUUAAGUCAUUAUCUAAGAAUAAUUAAAUGCUUAAAUGAAUAGAACAUAUUCUCUUGCAGAAGCAUAAAAUACAUUUAAUAAUGAAUUUUAAAAUAUCAAGUUCAAUUAAUUUAAUUAUUAAAAUAAUGAAUAAGAAUCAGAUUGA